AUGCAGCUACCCAGUCACUCACACAAGAACCGAUUCCUCAUACCAUUCUUUGGUUUGACUGUUGUGCUACUAGUCUCCUUGGCUCCUCCCACCAGUUCCUGCACGGAGCAGGAGAAGAGCUCCCUUAUCAAGUUCCUUUCUGGGCUCUGGAAAGAUGGCGGCCUCACGGUGUCAUGGCGGAGCGACACAGACUGCUGCAGCUGGGAGGGGAUUACCUGCAGCCUCAAUAGAGCGGUCACUGAUGUUUCACUGGCUUCUCAAGGUCUUGAGGGGUCCAUCUCGCCGUUCCUUGGCAACCUCACCAGCCUGUUACGUCUCAACCUAUCGCGCAACUCGCUGUCUGGUGGCUUGCCACUGGAAUUGGUGUCAUCCAGCAGCAUCAUUGUCCUUGAUGUCAGUUUCAACCGCUUGACAGGAGGCCUGCACAAACUGCCAUCUUCAACCCCUGCCCGGCCUCUGCAGGUACUGAAUAUCUCGAGUAACUUACUUACUGGGCCAUUUCCAUCCACCAUAUGGAAGACAAUGAAUAAUCUGAUAGCACUCAACGCCAGCAAUAACAGGUUUACUGGGGCGAUACCAACUUAUUUCUGCAAUGGCUCACCAUCCUUAGUUGUGCUUGAGCUCAGUUUCAACAAACUCAGUGGCAGCAUUCCCCCAGGGCUUGGUGGUUGCUCCAUGCUGACAGUGCUCAGAGGUGGCUACAACAAUCUCAGUGGAACACUCCCAGAUGAACUCUCCAAUGCGACCUCAUUGGAAUGCCUCUCUUUUCCUAACAAUUAUUUACAGGGUGUUCUUGAUAGUGCAUGCAUAUUCAGCCUCAGAAAUCUCCGAACCAUUGAUCUUGGAGGGAACUACUUUAAUGGCAGGAUUCCAGAUUCUGUAGGUCAGCUCAAGAGGUUGGAGAAGUUCCAACUGGGCCACAACAACCUGUCAUGA